CAUUUUUUUUUUCCCUAAAAAUGUGUCGUGAAAUUUUGCAGGUCGGUCACUUUGCAUUUUGCCAUAGCUGGAGCCACUCAAAGCUCUGAACACCCCAAACGCCUCCAUCAAUCGAAUUUUCUUUUCAAUUGGACGCUAACUCCCGAGAAUUUCCGGAAAAACCAUGGCCGCCGAUACUCUGCCGUACCAAAACGGCGUCGUCUCCAACGGAGAUCUGGCCACUAACCCUAGCUCCAACAACGCCAACGCUAAGAAGUCACGGGACAGCGAAAGGCGCCGUCGCAGGCGCAAGCAGAAGAAGAACAACAAGACUGCUUCUCAGGCUCUUGAUGCCACUGCCAACAGCAACAAAAGUGACGAUGACGAUUCUGCCGCUAACGGCGACGAUGCCAAGGAGAAUAACGAUCCUCAACAGGCCUUCGAGCAAGUGGUGGUUGAGUAUGUUCCAGAAAAGGCAGAGUUGGAAGCUGGGUUGGAUGACGAAUUCAGGAAGAUCUUUGAGAGAUUUAAUUUCCAUGAAAUUGCUGGUUCUGAGGAGAAUGAUAAAAAAGAUGAAUCUGCCCAAAAUGCUGAUUCGAAGAAAAAGGUCGAUUCAGAUUCAGAAGAGGAAGAACAAGAUGCUACACAGAAGGAGAAAGGCGUGUCAAACAAGAAGAAAAAGCUUCUGCGACGGAUGAAGAUUGCAGAACUAAAACAGAUAUGCUCUAGGCCUGAUGUUGUUGAGGUGUGGGAUGCUACUGCAGCAGACCCGAAGUUGCUAGUGUUUUUGAAAUCAUACAGAAAUACUGUUCCUGUGCCAAGGCAUUGGUGUCAGAAAAGGAAAUUUUUGCAGGGAAAACGUGGUAUUGAGAAGCAACCUUUUCAGCUUCCUGAUUUCAUUGCUGCAACAGGAAUUGAGAAAAUCAGACAGGCUUACAUUGAAAAAGAGGAUAGUAAGAAGUUGAAACAGAAGCAACGAGAGCGGAUGCAGCCAAAGAUGGGAAAAAUGGAUAUUGAUUAUCAGGUCCUUCAUGAUGCGUUUUUUAAGUACCAAACAAAGCCAAAGCUUACUACUCAUGGUGACCUCUAUCAUGAAGGGAAAGAAUUUGAGGUGAAGCUUAGAGAGAUGAAGCCUGGCAGUCUUUCACAAGAAUUAAAAGAAGCUCUUGGCAUGCCAGAGGGUGCACCGCCACCUUGGCUUAUCAAUAUGCAGAGGUAUGGCCCUCCACCAUCUUAUCCCCACCUGAAAAUCCCUGGUCUGAAUGCUCCCAUUCCACCUGGAGCUAGCUUUGGUUAUCAUCCUGGUGGCUGGGGCAAACCUCCUGUUGAUGAAUAUGGUCGUCCUUUGUAUGGAGAUGUUUUUGGAGUUCAGCAACAAGAACAGCCCAAUUAUGAGGAAGAGCCAGUUGAUAAAACCAAGCAUUGGGGUGACUUGGAGGAAGAGGAGGAGGAGGAAGAAGAGGAAGAGGAGGAGCAGAUCGAGGAAGAGGAGUUGGAGGAUGGCAUUCAAUCUGUGGAUAGCCUCUCGAGCACACCAACUGGUGUUGAAACACCAGAUGUCAUUGACCUCCGUAAGCAGCAAAGAAAGGAACCUGAGAGGCCUCUUUACCAAGUUCUUGAAGAAAAAGAAGAGAGGAUUGCUCCGGGGACUUUACUUGGAACAACCCACACGUAUGUGGUUGCCAGUGGCACUCAAGACAAGUCAGCAGCUAAAAGGGUUGAUCUUCUUCGAGGCCAGAAAACAGAUAGAGUUGAUGUCACUUUACAACCUGAGGAAUUGGACGCUUUGGACAAUGUUUUGCCUGCAAAGUACGAGGAAGCAAGAGAGGAGGAGAAGAUGCGUAGCCAACGUGAGGAUUUCAGUGAUAUGGUUGCAGAGAAUGAGAAGAAAAGGAAGCGAAAGAUGCAGGAAAAGGAAGGGAAAUCAAAGAAAAAAGAUUUCAAGUUUUAGGGUGGAAGGCAGACAUCGUCACCAAGUGAAAAUGAAAGAAUUUGUUAGUUCCGGCUGUGAAAUCUCGCUUGUGUUGUUUAGAUGCGGAGAAUUGUCUAAUGUUGCCAUCCUUUUAUAUGUUAUUGAGUUCCCAGCAAUAUCACUAAUUUUCCGUCUUCCAUGGUGUAGUUUUGCUAUCAAUUACAGCAUUAUGAUGGUAAAGCUGUAAUGGAAGUAUGUACAAUAGAAUCUAAUAAAACAAGAUUUUCUUCGAUUUGAUUA